ACCAAAAGUAAAAUAAAGCAACUAGAAUACAAUUAAAGGCUAGGGCAUUCGAGAAACUUCAGUUUUUCAGAAUCCAAAGUUAUACACCCUAUAAAUACAUAAUAAAUGUUGAAAUAAUUCACUUAGUUAAAAACACAUAAAAAUUAACAAUACAUAUAUAUAAUUUAAUUAAUUAAUAUCUAUGGCGAAGCAAGCUCGUAGAGUUGGGAUAGGGAUGGAUUACUCAGCAACCAGCAAAGCAGCCCUUCGAUGGGCCGUUGAUAAUCUCAUCGACGGCGGAGAUCACAUCAUUCUAAUCCACGUUGAGCCUCCUAAUGCUGAUCAUACAAGGAAGCAGCUCUUCGAAGAUACAGGCUCACCUUUGAUUCCUUUGGAAGAAUUUCGAGAGAUAAAUUUCUCAAAGCAAUACGGACUGAAAAACGAUGCGGAGGUAAUUGAUAUUCUGGACAGGGCUUCAAGGAGCAAAGGGGCUAAGGUAGUGGCCAAAGUGUAUUGGGGAGACCCUAGAGAAAAGCUUUUGGAUGCUGUUCAACAACUCAACCUUCAUUCUCUUGUCCUUGGCAGUAGGGGUUUAAGCCCCAUCAAAAGGGUAUUGCUUGGCAGUGUUAGUAACCAUGUGGUGACAAAUGCAUCUUGUCCAGUUACUGUGGUGAAAGGACCUCAAUCCAAAUCUUGAAAUCUGGCACCCCAUUCCCUAUUUUGCCCUUACUUAAGUCACCCCCAUGUCUUUGCUUUUAAAUUUGUGUAACAUUAUGAAUCUCAUGAAAAACUACAAAUUAUUAAGGAUUGGUUAAUUUCCUUCAAGAUUGGUGUGUAGAUACAAUACUGCAAGCUUUCAUAUAACAUAUGUAUAUACUAGUUUGGAUGGCA